UCCUUCCGGAAAAUCCCCUCUAUGUGCUGCGAGUAACUGCUCCCUCCUUCGCCGCACUCUUUCCCCUCACAAUCGAUUGCAGAGCGUUUGGAAACAAUGGCCGAACCCCUGAGCCCUAACCCUUCGACGGCGGCACCGAGGCAGAAAGCUUCCGUCGCGAUGCGUCUCCAAUCUCCGACGAGCCCAUUCUUCCUCGGCUCUAAUGACGACCAACUCGAACGCGCUCAAGCACGCGCCGCACGCGCCGCCGCUAUUCGCCGUAAACCUGUUGCUCGCUUCGCCGCUCCUCUCUCCCCCCCCGAUCCUUGUCUCUCCAGAGAACAGAUUAUCGAUUUGUUCCAAAAUUGCGUUAAGCUCGCUAGUGAAAAUAAAAUAAACCAGAAGAACACAUGGGAGCUGAAGCUUAUAGACCAUCUUAGCGAAAUUAUCAAAGUCGAAGUAGAAAAUGACGCAGAGACUAACUUCCAAAAGGCAAGCUGCACGUUGGAAGCCGGCGUGAAGAUAUACUCCUUGAGGGUGGAUUCGGUGCAUGCGGAGGCAUAUAAGGUCCUUGGAGGGAUCAAUCGAGCUGCUCAAGAAGACGGACAUGAAACUAUGGCAGAAGGUGGCAACAGUAAUGAUGGGCAGGAGAAGGAUCGGCCUAAGAAAGAGUUGGAAAGGAAGGUUUCACCUUUGUCAACCCUGGAGUCAUCUUUUGAGUCUAUCAAUGUCAAGAAAUUUGAUGUUGCAUUUGCAGUGGAUCCUCUUUAUCAUCAGACAUCUGCACAGUUUGAUGAAGGUGGAGCGAAAGGUCUUUUAUUGAAUAAUCUUGGAGUAUAUGGAGGAUGUCGAGUUCUUUUUGAUUCCCUAGAAAUACCAGGAAAGUGCAUAUCAUGUUCAGUCCAAAAUAAUUAUUCGGAUAUGGUUGACAUAUCUUUUGCCAAAGAUUCCAUUGAGCAGAUGUUGAUUAACACAUCUAGGGAUACUGAAAUAUCUCCAACUCUCAGGGAUUUAGUUGGUCAGUUUGAUGAAGAUAGUCGAAGGCCAUCGCAUACAUAUAACGAAGGCCAGAAUUAUGAGGGAAAUGAUGAUGCAAUUGAUGAUAAUGGGGUUGUUUUGGAUGGAGAUCCAUGUGGAAACCAUAAGGCAUGGACAUUUCUACAUGAUGAGGCGACAAAUGUGGUUCAUGAGGGAUUCAGUUAUAAAGAUACAAGUGGUCAAAGUCAUCAUGAGGAUAAUGAUCCGUUUGGAUCUUAUGAACCUGAUAUUGAUAGAUUCGAGAAAGUUGCAUCAUUUUUGUUUCAAGGUUUGGGACUCGUUUCAAAGCAGAAUGCAUGGGCGGGUCCUGAACAUUGGAAGUUUCGGAAGUCUAAGGGUUCAGAGGAUGUUCCUGAUACAGAACAAGAAUCAGUCUUUACAACAGAGAGAACAAAGAGAAAAAAACUAGCCAAACUUGACAUUGAUUUUACAGCAGCUUUGGGCGCUGAAGUGCAUGACAACUUUGCUCCCCCAAAAAAUUCAAAGUUGCUGUUGCGAAGCACAAAUAGGGUGCCUUGUGGUAACAAACUUCCAGAAGAUUGCCAUUAUCAACCAGAGAAUCUAGUUAAAUUGUUUCUUCUGCCCAAUGUUAUGUGCCUUGGGAAGAAAAGAAGGAAACAUUCAGGUAAUAACUCAUGGCAAAGAAGCAAUGGUUCUGAUGAACCGUUUCCAUCCUGGGAUAAUGGAGGUGUGGCUUGUGGCCAGUAUGAUGAUGAUGGAUGUGUUCAUAGUGAUGAUCUGGAAGCUUCUGCUGCACUCGUCUCUCCGCCUCGUCAGGUAAAUAAGAUUGAAGUUCAGUAUGAUAAAACUUCUACACAAGUUGAUGUACACGCGCUGAAAGAAACUCUUUGGAAUCACAUUCAAGAUUCUAUUCACAUGCCUGAAAUGGUGUGCAAAGAAACAAUAUCUUUCAAACAUGUUUUGGCCAGAUUCCCUGGUUUCUGCCAAGCUGCGGCGCUGGAGGAUAUUUCCCCCCAUCUGUGUUUCAUCUGCCUUCUGCAUUUAGCCAACGAGCAUGGCCUGAGCAUUAGUGAUUGUGCCAGCUUGGAUGAUCUUAGCAUACGAGUCCCCUCUGUGUGCUGAAACAUGGUGGAGUUAUUUGGGCGAUGACAUAGUGAUGAUUUUGUUCAUUUUAAAGAAAGAAGUGGGACAGGAAAUGUAGAGUUUUUCUAAUACCAAGCUUUUGGGGCCUUGGAGGCAAAGCAAAAGGGGAAUGCAAGCCCAGUAGGCCAACCUAGUUCCGCUUUGUGUAAAUUUGUAUGAAAUAGUGUAAAUGGUGCGUGAAAAGAAAAUUGGCUAAGUUGCUGGGUUUUUGGUUCAGCAUAUCUGGUUUACAUAUAUCUGCAGCUUGAUGCACAUUUCGUGCAAAUAAGCCAGUCUACUAGUUCUGUAAUUGUUUGAUUGUAAAGGAGUGUAAUAUUAUUGUAAAUCAUUGAUCUUAAAACAUCAUGCAGUGAAGCGAUAUGGAAUAAAAAAAAUUCAUUCAU